AUGUUUCGUCAAGUAAAGAGAAAGACUGCGGGAAGAAGGAAUUUCGAGGAGAAAGCUAUAUCUUCCAAAAUACAAUAUAACCUACCAAAACUAUUCUCGUCAAGGCUUUCGUUUUAUGAUUUACCUCCAACAGAAGAAAUCACGCUUGAGGAGUUUGAAAAAUGGGCUAUCGACAGGCUCAAAAUCCUUAUCGAGAUUGAAUCGUGUAUAGCGAGAUCCAAGACACCAGCAGAUAUGGAAUCAGCCAUCAGACCUUUACUUCUCAAGUAUAUGCCCUUGAGUCCCUCUGGUGCAGCCGCUGAGCAUGUGAUUAUUCAGGAAAGGAUGAAGGAUUAUUACAGUCAUUUCAUACUUCGAUUGGUGUUCUGCAGAAGCGAGGAGUUGAGAAGAAAAUUUAUCAAAAAUGAAACCAUUUUGUUUAGAAUCAGAUACAACAUCAUGCAACCUAAGGAGCAAAAGGAAUUUAUUGAAUUAAACCUGUAUAAACUUCCCUGGUCAUAUAUUUCGAGAGAAGAAAGAACUGAACUUUUUGAAAAGUUAUUUGCAGCAAGCGGACACAUACUCAAGCAACAAUAUAGUUCUGAUGGCGAGACACCGUUUACUAAUGACCAAGUGAGACAAAUGAUGUCGACUCGAGAGAAUUUUAUUAAAUUACCAUUUGAAAAGAUAACUCAAUUGGUUUCCAGUAGAUCGGUGUAUUUGCAUAAAGGUUAUGGCUAUUUACCUACAAGUUUGCAGUUGAAUCUAUUGGCAGCUGAGUUUCAAGAGAACUUGAACCAAAUACUCAUUCGUACGUUCCAAGCAAUUCCUCGACUAGAAGAAGACGAUAGACUUCUUCCCUUACUCAAUAGUUUGUCACAAAACUUUGCCAGCUUCCAAUAUGAAACAGAUGUUAAUAGCGAGUUGGCCUCGGAUAUCAAUGCUGUCACCAUAACAUCCAAACAAAUUAUGUCGCAUUACCCCCUUUGUGCUACACAUUUACAACGCAAUUUGUCCAUCAACUCACACUUGAAAUAUACCGGUCGUCAACAACUUGGAAUUUUCCUUAAAGGUAUUGGCUUGAACGUUGAUGAGGCAUUGAAAUUUUGGGCACAGCAAUUCACUAAAAACGGUAACAUGUCACAAGAAACAUUUAACAAAGAGUACAAGUAUAACAUUAGACAUCAAUACGGAUUAGAAGGUGCUAGAAUCAAUUAUAGACCAUGGGAUUGUGCAACCAUUUUGAACAAACCCAAACCCAGAGCCAAAGAGUUUCACGGGUGUCCAUAUAGGGAUUUCACUGAAGCUCAGUUAAAGCAGACUUUCGAAGAUAAGGGUAUUAAGAAUAUUGAAGAUAUUAACCUGAUCAUGGAUAAUGUACAAAAGCAACAAUAUACAAUUGCUUGUACUCGUGUAUUUGAACUAACACAUCAAAAAGAAUUACUUGCUCAAAGCAAAGCUGGGCAACCAGCUCAAAUGGAGCAUAUAAACCAUCCAAACUUGUACUUUGACCGAAGCAGACAACUCGAAAGAGCAACGCAAAAGAAAGAAGAAGAAGGUGUGGGAACCACCCAGUAG